GGCUGGGAUCGGGACCGGGAUCGGGACCGGGACCGGGAAGCAGGAGCGCGUUUCUGGGGAUGGGGGAGAGCGCGCCGGAGCCGGUGCACGCGCUGACGGUGGUGACGCUGCUGGAGAAGCUGUGGUGCAUGCUGGAGGCGGUGCGGGAGCGGCAGGGCGGGCUGGCCCGGCGCCAGGGCGGCCUCACGGGCUCCGUGCUCCGCAUCCAGGGCGGCCUGGGCCGGCUGGGCCGCAGCCACGGCGCCACGGGCGGCCAGCUGGACCGCCUCCUCGGCCGCGCCGACAGGGUCAGCGCGCAGGCGCACGACGCCCGCCGCCGCGCGCUCCGCCGCCAGGCCCAGCUGAGCACCCUCGCCGAGAACCACCGCACCCUCGUCGCGCGCGGGACCGUGCGCGUGCUGCUCUUCAAGGAGGAGUCGGAGAUCCCGGCCCGCGCCUUCCUGAAGGGUCCGGAGCCCCCGCAGGAGCCGGAGGAGGAGGAGGAGGAGGAGGAGCCGGGCUCGGAGCCGGAGGCCGGGGCCAGCUCGGAUGGCGAGGACGAGCCGAAGGAGAGCCGGGCCGAGCGGCUGCGGCGCUCGGGGCUGAGGAAGGUGCAGAGCCUGCGCCGGGCGCUGACCUCCCGCAAGAGCCCCGCGCCCGCGCCGCCCACCCCCGCCAAGCCGCCGCGCCUGGGUCCCGCCCGGGACAACGAGUCUCCUCAGGGGGCCGAGCCUGAGCCCCACCGGCCCCUGCCGGGGCAGACCCCGCCGGAGGUGCCCCCGCCGGAGCCGACUGAGCAAGCCGACGACGGGCCGAGCGGGCCCGCGCCCGAGGAGCCCGCGCUGCUGCAGCUGGAGAGCUCGGCCUAGGGCCGGGCAUCCCUGGGCGGCAUCCCCGGGCAGCAUCCCCGGGCAUCCUCGAGCCCCCGCCGGAGCCCCGCACGCGCCACGCCGCAGCCCUGCCCGGGCCCCGCACACUCCUCCCGACACCCCCGGACCCCUCUCCUCCACCGCUCAGAAGAUCCGACCCCCCCGGCGAUCGGCAUCAAUAAACAGAACUCACUUA